CCGCAGUUGAACCUUGGCUGCUGUCGGUAGGAUCCUUUGCCAUGUCUGUGCUAUGCGCCGUGGCCUGGCGCCUCUUGCAUGUGCUGCUCUGGGCCCAGCGCCUGUUGGUUGCUUGGUUUCAUUCCUUGAGCUUGAGAUUUCUCUUCCCGCCGCUCGCAGAUUUGAGAUUGGGAAAGACCGAACGUCGCCAGGGUGACUGUGGGUAUCUUACCAAGCAAUGUGACUGCACGGACCUAAGACACCGGUGCGACAUGAAAUACCUCACCCAGCAGCGGGACCGCAGCUGGAAGGCGGACGGGUGCCGGCUGGGCAAACUGCCAGUGCAUAUGGCCAUGCUUAUGGGCGAGGAGAUCCAGAGUUAUACUGACCUGGCCAACCUGGUGGUAUGGUGCAUGGCAGUGGGCAUCUCUUAUGUCAGCGUCUAUGAUCACCAAGGUAUCUUAAAACAACAUAGUUCCAGGCUCAUGGAUGAAGUCUUAAAGCAACAGGAAGAACUUCUGGGUCAUGACUAUUCGAAGUAUCCAUUAGAGCAUGCAAAUGGCACCACAGAUAGAGUUGACAGAGGUCUCACUCACAUGCCUUCGUUCAAGGUGCUAGCCCCAGAAGAUGGGAAGAUGCAAAUUGUAAAAGCAGCUCAGAAUUUCUGCCAGUUGGUAGCACAAGAACAGAGGAAGCCAAUAGAGAUGGAUGUGAAUGCAUUAGACUCUUUGUUAAGAACUACACAGACUUUUCCGGAUCCAGAUUUAAUAUUGAAGUUUGGUUCUGUAGACAGCACAUUAGGAUUUCUGCCCUGGCACAUCAGACUUUCUGAAAUCAUUUCUUUGCCAUCACAUGUGAAUAUGCGCUAUGAAGACUUUUAUUCAGUUCUCAGUUGUUACGCGGCCUGUGAGCAGCGGCUUGGGAAAUAACCUGGCCUUUUGCCGAGCUAAUAAAGGCAGCUUCAGAAAGGGACUCGACACCUCUGGUUUACUGCUGUCAGUCCAGACUGACUGGAUCUCUGGCACCCUCUCCCAGUUUUGGUUUUCUUUAAUUUGUCAUUUAAUGUUCAUUAUUGUGUUUUACAAAUGCACUGAUGGAUAUCUGCCAUCAACCAUUUCUGGGAGGAAAACCAAAUAAACUGAAUAAAUGAGA